AUGUGUGGUACAGAUUUGGAGCAAUUCUUGCCCAAGAACUUUGGCCUUCCGGAAAACAGUCCUUUUUUAGAAAAAAGCCCUCCGCCAACGGCGAAGCCUACGCCGAAACCGAAACCUCAAUCUGUUCGAACUUCUAUGACAAAGUCGACCGCGGAACUACAAAGAUGUCCGCACUGCAACCGAGCCUUUGGUGUACGCGCGUUCGAGCGACAUGUGGAGUGGUGUGCAGACAAAGCGAAGAUUUUGCCCGCCGCGCCUGUACAGCCUCCGGCUAUAGCUAAUGCCAAGCAGCGCCUUAACGCACGCACGCAGUACAAGGCACCGCUCGUGACACGACGCCGAUCUUCACAAACCCGCGACAAGUCUUCAAACAGUAGGUCGGCGUCUAUAGAUUCGUCACGAGGUAUCUCUCCAACGCCAGCGCCGCGAGAAUGCGGUGACUAUAAACACGGACGUACUCGAGCUUCAGAAUCUGCUUCUAGCAACGAUUGCCAUGAAGAAACGUCUCCUCACGUACCUGUGAUUAGAAACUCUAGAAAUGUGCAAAACAACUUGUCAGGCGAUGCCAAUGUAAAAGCAAGACAAGCGAGAUUGGCAAGAGACCUGAGCAGCACAAGAAAAGACCAAGACCUCAGUCCAACUCCUGUCCAACAAAGUAACACUGAUCCUAACAUUACCAAAACCGCUUCAAAAAAUAAACCAAGAAAUACUUUGAAUGCUAAGAAAAAACAGCAAUUAAAAAAACUAGAAGAGAUUGCUAGUAAAUACAGUGAAGAAAUGAAUACUAAAGUCGAAAAAAAAGGAUAUUUAAAGAAAUCUGUUGACCGAAGUCAUAUACCUGUACCAAAUAAAUUAAAUCUAAAAAAAGUUGAAAACAAAUUAAAUAGAAACUUAGAAAUAAAAACUGAGGGCAAAGAAGACAAUGAUUUACCCAAAGUAGUCAUUGAAAAAUCUAAACCAUUAACUGUAGAACCGUCUGAAACAACAGUUGUUGGGAAAAAACAAGUACCUGUGAAAAGAAAAAAAAGUAAAACAAAAAUGGACUCUGUAAAAGUUAAGGAAAAUAGUAUGAGCUUAGAUAGCCUUGAGGAAAAUCCUGGCAAUUCAAAUAGUCUUAACAGUGAUCGUAAUUGUCAGUCGAUAGGUAUAAAUACGGAGCUUCUUUGUGUUCCAUGUGUAAUACAUGAUAAUCUAGAUCAGAAAAAAGAAUAUGCAAUGCAGAAGAAAGGUAAUAAGACAAAAAAGCAUUCAAUAGAUCUAAAAUCAUUUAGAGAACGCGACGAUUGUGUUCAAGAACCCAAAGUUGAGUUAUUGUACAGGAACCCAACCAUAGUACAUUCUGGUGAAGGUAUUUCUAACUACAUUACAGAGAAUUUUUCUAACUCCAACAUUGAUAUUUCCAUAUGUACAGCUAGUACUUCGGGUAACUUAAUUUCUGAUGAAAUCGACUCUACAGUAAACUUAGAUCAUUGUAAUACCUCUGAGAGUAAAUUGAAUUCUAUUUCAAACAAGUUGGAUAGUUAUAAGAAAGUUAAAAUAAAUUUUACCGAUUCUGAGAAACAUAAUAGUGCAAUUAGCAUCACGCCAAGAACUGAUGAAGUUACAAGUGAAGAACAUAUUGAAGAAAUUAAUAAUAAUUUAUCAGAAGAAAGAUUUGAAGAAACUUAUGAACGUGAUAUAAGUGCAGAACUCUCAAAUGAUUCUGUGGAAGAAAAGUAUGAUGAUGAAAACGAAGAUGACGUUCAUGAAAUUGAAUGUCGCCAUGGCAGUGGUGAAACUUACACAAAAUUUACAGAAAACCCAGCAGAUUUGCUGGAAUUUAUGAAUAUAACUGAUAAACUGUUAACUAAUGACCACAUUGAUAACGAAUCUUCUAAUAUUGACCAAGAUCUUCAAAAUAUUCACACUCCCAAAACUAACUCUAUUGAAACAAUUCAAGAGUUAAAUGUGGAUCCACACAAACAUCAUUUUUCAGAUACGUUUGAAGAAUUAAAAAGCGACCUAAAAGAACUACUGCAAAGUAGUAGAAAUACAGACAAUGUUAUUAAGAAAACUGAUAAAGUCGACGUUCAUGAAUCUAAUGAAAAUAUUUGUACCGCAAGUAAAGUAGUUGAUGACAUGGAACACAUAACUGUUUAUAAACUUAAAUUCUAUGAUCAAAAACAAAAUGAAAAUAUUACAACAGAUGAAGCAACACCACAGUUUAGAUUACCGUCAAUAACAGAGACAAAGACCCCAGGGCGAAGAGAACCAUGUAGUAAGAAAAAAGUGCAAAAUAUGUACAAGUCAAACAAAAAAUACAGAAUGUUGGGUGAUCAAACUCGAAAUGAAAAAGAAUAUCAGACAUUUAUCGUUACGGACAGUGUGGACAAUGUAGACCAUAGCGACGACCGUUCGGUGUCGUCAGACGCCCCGCCGCUGAAACUACCCCGUAUAGAAAAGAGAAGGCUUGACGACAAUUACGACCCUUUUGUGUCAGCUGCUAGGCAAAUGAAAGAACUGAUGUCGUCCGAUGCAAACAUUCCUAAAAAAAUACAACAUUCAAAAGAUCACAGUCGAACCCUUCCCGCCCUACAACCUUCAAAAGACAAAAACUCCUCUACCUAUCUUCGUACCGAUAACUCUAAAAUGAUAAAAGACACGCUAAACAAAACCUAUCAAAAAACACCAACACUGCAAAGAAUGAAAUCCUUCGGUAGUACUACCAAUGAAAAUAGCGGCAAUACCUUAGGCGGUAGGUGCAGCUCAUUUAGACUAAACAGAAAUGAUAAAAAACCUAGUCCAAAAUUAAAUACUACUUUUACGAAGUCUAGUAAAGAAAAUAUUAGUACCCCAGAAAAACAUAAUUUCAAUCGUAAUAGCAAUCUAAAUAGAUCCUUUUCUAGUUACACCGCUUCAAGUUACAGCACGCCAAAACCUAAAGAUAAAAUCCCCAAAAUAGCCACAUCAAUGUACCACAGUUUUCAACGGACAACGAUAAAACAACCUGUCAAAUUAGACAAAAUAAAAAGAGACGACGAAAAAAAAGAUUUUGUUAAUCUCGACGCUAUACUUACUGACGACAAUUGUUCAAUGACAGACAGUAAUUAUAUCGACCCUAGACUUAUAAAUGAAAAUGACAAUCUGCCAAUAAACGUUAACACUAUUUUAAAUAAUCCCGAUAUAAUAAGUAGCAUGGAAUCUCUUCUUACUACUGAAAAUUUACCAGCUAAAUUUGAAUCGUUUAGUGCUGUAAAUCAAAAUAAUAAUAAUAUUUUCAAUAACAAUUAUAAGGAUUUAAAUAGUUAUUCUGAUAAAAAUGAACCUAAUAAUAAAUCUAAAGCUUCUCCUCUAGCACUAGAUGAUCUGGGCGCGCAGUAUGAUAGAAUUAUGCAUUCUCUCGAACAAAGUAUAGCAUCUAAAGCUUCCAUCAGGGAUGACGACUCUUUGUGCGAAGAUUUUGAUCUUGAGGAAUUUAUGACUUCCUUCGAUGAAGAAAUACACAAACACAAAUCUGAAACCAAGCGCACAUGUAGCUCUACGACUAGGAUAGUGAAACAAUCUGAUUUUGUAGAUAGUAACAGGACAUCAGAAAUGAAUAGUAUUAGCUCUUCUCCAAAAAUUACGUAUAGUAUGGUCCCUGUUAACAAGUCGAUGUCUCUAAAUUUUAGCAGUAACAAUAUAGUGAGUGAAAACCUUUUCCCAUCUUCCGUAAAACGUUCCACUUCCCUCCUCGACUCCAUUCAAAAGAAGAAUGUUAUAAAGAUGGACAGUGGAAGAAGCCGUCAUAAAUCCGAUCAACUGGAGCAGGACAUUAUACAGUCCCUAAAAGAUUUCGACAAGUUUUAUGAAAACGAAAAAAAUGAAACUUUGUCGAAUAAAGAGACAACCAACUGUAACGGCACCGCAAAGAAAGUGAAGACUGACAAGAAGCCUAAAAAGAGCGAGAAUUCGAUAAAUGGAAACUACACGCCCAAUGGCAAGACUAGCAUUGAUUCAGCUUAUAGCAGGUUAGUCAGCCUAAACAGGAUAUCGCCAUCAAAAUUAUCAAUUUGCACAUCAAAGGAGCCCAACGGCUUGACAUCAUUGGAACAAAUCCCUGCAGGAUCAGACUCUAGCGGCAGUCACAAGGAUGAUGCGAGGUCGGGCUCCAGUGAUGAGUUUUUAGAAAUGGAACGCUCGGCGGAAUUAGAUGAACCGCUUCCGGUCGCCAAACCGAUUCAUAGUGAACAACAUAAUCAUAACAAUGAAAAGCGCACGUCGUCACGGGCUUCGUCCCGCCGCAGCUCCGCGUGGCGCGCGGGCGCCGGCUCGCUGAGCUCGAGCGGCUCGGAAGCGUCGCUACACCGCGGACGCAAAGACUCUGCGCCCGGACCGCGCCUGUCGCGAUUCUGUCACGAGUGCGGGAACAAAUUCCCGGUAGACACGGCCAAAUUUUGCAUCGAGUGUGGAGUGAAACGACUCGUCGUGUAG